UAAAAUUAUUGAUAAAUUUAUUUAUAUAUAAAAUAUUGAUGAAUUAUUGAUGAAUUGAUAAAUAUAAAUAAAUCACCAUCGAUUGUUCGGAAUUUUACACGUAAUUGAAAUUAUUUACAAUUCUAUAUGUGCCGUGUGAUACGUAAAACAUUAACAUCUUGCCGCCCGAGUUACGCUCAAGUCGGAUGAUACACAGUUUCAAUAUCAUUACGCACGUAUCUGCAGUUUUAGGAAAUUUCUAUUUUUCGAACAAUCUGCAAGAUUCUUUAAAUACAGAAUGAAAGUAGAUAUUUAUCCCAUCGAUCAGCAAUGUGUUAAGAAAAUGAGAAACUUCUGUAUAACGUGCCAGAUUGCUAACAGCGAUGCUCGGCGCUUAAAGGUGGCAGUAAUUCAGAUGACAUCACAUUUCAUAUUAAGCAUGUACAAUUCUUCUUAUCUCGAGUCGUUUAAUCGCAUGUUCCACACACAGAAUUCUGCCCCCUGAAUAACUCUUUUGCUCACUCGACACAUGACUCCUUGUAUCAUCCCCAUUUAUGCUCGUUCGCACGCAAUUUAGUAUAUUAUAUAGAAGUUGUGUAACAUGGCGCAUUAAAAGUGCAGUUCUGAAUUUGUCUAACGCGAAUUGCAGAUCUGAAGUUUUUUCAAAGAGAGAGAAUGAUCACAUCACUUUUUAUAACGCGAAGAGCACAAAGGCGAACACUUGAACGAGUACAAGUCGUCAAUCCUACAAUUGUCGAAGAAUUGCUCUUGAACUCCACCGAUAUCCAAUAUCCGCCAAUAUUUUGUCGCAAUCGAACAAAGUAUCGGAUUUGUACAAAGUCUGCAUCAUGCAUAAUAAUGUUUGAAGAGAGGCGGAAGCACUCGUCAUCUCUUUGUCGUCGUUUCUCUUCUGCGUACACGCUCGCGUAGCAGUGACGCGUUCGCGACGCGCGAUGUUUCUAGCACGUUUCAUGUCUAAUGGAAUUUUGUACAUGUGUUAAUAUAUACUAUAUCCCGCUGUGUAAUCCCCUCCCCCCCAAAAAAAAAAAUCGAAGAAGGCGCAGUUUAUCUUCCUAUUGAGUUUGUAAAUUUCGCGCCGUCCGUUUUGCUUUCGUCGUUCGAGCUGUGCGCCUGAAGAAGCGAUCGACUUUAACGAGAGGGACGCUAGAGGCUAAAAACGGGCGCAUCUGCUUGUCUCAAGUCCGGUUCGUCCCGAUAGAGUGUAACGAUGAGCGAAUGAUACGAUGAUAUUGUUAUCGGGUAAUUUUAUUAUUAUAUUUCUAAGAAGAGGCCCUUUCACCGCCCGGAAAAACGGGAUCUGUACAUUGAGAUCCGUCGCGCGGAUUUCCAUCGCAGAUGAACAAAACAGAAAAAAACAAAAAAAAAAAAACUGUAUACGUUAGAGUAAUGUAGCUGCGCGCGCUUACUUUAUACAGUGGGGAAACACGAAUUACGAUGUAGCGGAAACUGUCACGACGUAAAUAAAUCUAGGUGAUAUACUACGAGACUCGACGUGCUUGGCUCACUUCCUUCUUCCAGAGGAGAGAAAGGGACAUUGCCCUCCGUCGAAAAUCGUCCAAGUUCGACGGCUGCAGGGCGGUUCCCGCGCGUCGCCUCCCCGAUGACGAGUCGUUGAAGGCGGAAUGUCGGAGCGGUGGAGGGAAACACCACUUUCCCUUGAAGAUUAGGGACGGCGCCACGCGGAGAAAGAAGGAGAAAGAAACGGAGAGAGAGUGAGCGCGCGAGCGGCCCGGGUCCUCCGACGAGAGUAAAGUGUGUCGAGGUCUUUUCACGGACAGUCGUCUCGGCCCGAGGUCCGAGUGCAGCCGCGCGAUCGCUUCCUUUAUCGAUCAAUUUUUUUUUUACCUUACCUUUGCGUCCUCCCCCCGCCGAUUGUCACUUUCGUUCUCUCUCUCUCUCUCUCUCGUUCUCUCGCCGCAGCAUGCGUAACUCGCCGGCGUACUCGCGUUGAUCCGGACGCUCUUAGUUACAAAAUAGUUGGGCGCCGCGGUCUCUCGAGUGUCACAGGUGCGCUUCGGACGGUGACACAAGCGCUGGGGAUGUCCGCGGGAUAACAGCUUUUCCUCUUUCAUAAACGGAGAUGUCGCUGUCAGCUGUUCUGGGCCUAUGCAUGCUAUGGAGCCUGUUCGCCGGCUCCGUCUCGUACACCGAAGAGGUCGUGCAUUACCGCGGUUAUCCGUACGGAUACGGGAACUCGUACAUCUCACCGACAUGGUCGCCGCAGCUCUGGGACGCCGGGCCGAGCAGGUCGGCGUAUCGUCGCCAGGACACGCGCCCCUACACGAGGCUGGUGAAGGUGGAGCAGCAGCAGCAGAGAGAUCCGUUGGCGACGAUCAGCGAGACUCUGGGCGCCUUGAACACCGUGGGAAACUACAUCGUCAAUAUGACGCGCGGUGGCGAGAUUUCCAAUUAUCCGUCCAAGGAACUGCCUUCGGCAUUGUACAUCCUUUCCAAGAAUAUUUUGGGUCGCAACAUGACGGACACUAUAGCGCCUUUGGUGCGCGGCGUCGCGUUGCCAUUGAGACAAACGAUUGUGUCCACCACACAGGCGCCUUUGAUUCAGCAGCAGCAGCAGCCAGCCGCUGAGGAACUUGUGAAUAGAGACAAAGAGUCCGCUCUGUCCGCGUGUACGACGGCUGAGGGUGGACCCGGCAAGUGUCAGGAUCUCAGCAACUGCCCGCAAUUGCUGCUCGAUCUCACGAAACUGAGGCAAGCGUUGUGCUUCAAGAGCCUGUUGGUGCCAGGCGUCUGCUGUCCGGCCGACAAAGCCGACGUUCCUGUCGCCGUCGGCGGAAGCGCAUCCCCGGGAAUCGACAUCGCGCACACCACGCGACCACCGAUUCGAAUUGUGAAACCUGCCACGCCGCGUCCGAUACCGUUGUACCCGGUGACGAUAAAGCCGACGCCGCAUAUUGUGCCAUCCCCGGAUUUGCUGAUCAAUAAUACGAACGGCGUCGAGAUCAGCACGAUCGACAAUAAUUUUAUUCAGGACGACGAAGAGUGCGGCGUGAGAAAUUCAGGUAAAUACCGGGUGGUCGGAGGCGAGGAGGCGCUGCCCGGUCGCUGGCCCUGGAUGGCGGCCAUCUUUCUGCACGGCACUCGGCGGACGGAGUUCUGGUGCGGCGGCUCGCUGAUAGGAUCGCGUUACAUCCUCACCGCCGCUCACUGCACGCGAGAUCAACGGCAGCGGCCUUUCGCCGCUCGUCAGUUCACCGUGCGCCUCGGUGACAUCGAUCUCGAGAGGGACGACGAGCCCUCGUCGCCGGAGACUUACACCGUGAAACAGAUCCACGCGCAUCCCUCGUUCUCGCGUGUCGGAUUUUACAACGACAUCGCCGUCCUCGAGCUCACCAGGCCGGUGAGGAGGUCGCCGUACGUGGUGCCCGUCUGCCUGCCGCAGGCGCGACACCGCGGCGAGCCGUUCGCCGGCGCCAGGCCGACGGUCGUCGGCUGGGGCACCACUUAUUACGGCGGAAAGGAGAGCACCAUUCAGCGCCAGGCGGUCCUGCCGGUGUGGAGGAACGAGGACUGCAACGCGGCUUACUUCCAGCCGAUCACCAGCAACUUCCUGUGCGCCGGUUACAGCCAAGGCGGAAAGGACGCGUGUCAAGGGGACUCGGGUGGACCGCUGAUCCUGCGUCUUGAGGGCCGAUGGACGCAGAUCGGCAUCGUCUCGUUCGGCAACAAAUGCGGCGAGCCCGGUUAUCCCGGCGUGUACACGCGUGUCUCCGAAUUCACCGACUGGAUCAGGAAGAAUACGUAACGAAGCGGUCGUGUCGCGGGAUUCUACAAUGCUAUUCCUGGAAAAUGACGUACCCAGAUUAAUUGCGUAUUCUGUGAAAACGAAAGGUGGAAACCACUCAAUUUACAUCAAGAUGCUUCCUGUUAAAAAAAAUAGGCAGAUUAAUAUAUGUAAAACGUAUUCUGUCUUUCUUAUUUCUGCGAAACAAAAUGUCGGCUUUUUAAAAUUUUAGAUUUAUUUAGAUCUCUUUUUUUAAUCGGUCUAUUUUUUGUAGACACGUGAUAUUUAAAGAAAUUUCUUGAUUCAGUAUUCUACGUCAACUGUGCUGCGUGUCAAGAUGCUUAAUCGUGCAAAUUUGCAUAACACAUAUGUGCCUUUUUAUAGUCUUGAAGAUACAUAUGUCAAGUCUAAGCGCAUUUUUUGCUCCAUUGUAAAAUUUCUACGAUGUCGAAACGUGUUUAUUCACAGUUUCGUCUUUACAAUCGUUCUUUCAUUACAUUAAUAAAUGUAUAGCAAUCUAGUAUUUUAUAGCAAUCUAGCAUUUUAUAGCAAUCUAGCAUUUUAUUUUGAUGGAGACACAUUUUUAUGUGAUCACAUGUAUGUUCACUGA